AUGAUGCAAGCCACCCACUUCUGCAAAAACUUGGCGGGAGCGGCUGCUGGCUUGGGCUGUGCAUGGGUAGGUCGAAGCCUUGUUUUUGUGUUUUCGCCGGCUUUGCUGACACUCUUUCAUUUAGUUUACUUCUCUGGACGCAGAUUGAGAUGGUUAGCAUGGGAUUGGUUGUUGUGGCUGUCAAUGGGCAUGGUAUUGUAUCUCUGUUUGCUUACUGACUAGUCAUGUAUCGAAGCUCUUGCUGCAACGUAGCGUUAAUACAGAACUUAGAAAUAAUAGAUCUCAACUGUUUUAUCAAAGAUAAGAUGC